AUGGGGGACUUCGCCUCCCCCGCUGCCGGACCCAACGGCAGUAUCUGCAUCAACAACACCAUGAACCCGGCCGCCGCGAGCGUGGUGGGAAUACCUAAGCACAGCACGGUGGUCGAGAGGUUGAGGCAGCGGAUAGAGGGCUGCAGGAGACACCACGUAAACUGCGAGAGCAGGUACCAGCAAGCCCACGCCGAGCAGCUGGAGAUAGAUCGUAGGGAGACGGUCAGCCUGUACCAGCGGAAUCUGGAGCAAAGGGCCAAAAAGUCCGCCAGCGGCAGCAGCGGCACCAAGCAGCCACAGAGCAAGCAGCCGGACCCGGACUCUGCCUCCUCCACGGAGCAGAGGAAUAACACGCUCAUAGCGCUCCAGGAGACUGUAAAGAGAAAACUGGACAGCGCACGAUCGCCCCUCAACGGAGACCAGAACGGGAUCUGUGAUGGAGGCAGCUACUCGCCGACCACCAAGCGGGUACGGAAGGAGGGCUCCGGUGGUUUGGACUCGCUAACAGGACUCCCUAACAACAACAAUAACAACAAUGUGCCGCCCAUCUCUCCACUGCAUCACCAAAUGGACAUUAAGCCCUUACUCGGUGGGCCCAACACUUCUGCCGGAAACAACACUACAAACAGCAACGGGAACCAUGUAGGCCGGACAUCGGACGAGCUGGGGAAGAACGGCGGCAGCCAUCUCCCGGACAUGAAACUGAAUGGCUCACUGGACUUGGAGGACAGCUUCGGCCUCCUCAAGGACUUGAAACAGGAGCCCCUGGACGACGGGGGUGGGAUGGAGUCAUCUGAUCCCCAGUCUCUGUCCAAUCAGAACAAGCUGUUCUCUGACAUUAACCUCAACGACCAGGAGUGGCAGGAGCUGAUCGAUGAGCUGGCCAAUACUGUGCCAGAGGACGACAUGCACGACCUCUUCAACGAGGACUUUGAGGACAAAAAAGAGGCCGAGUUCGGCAGGCCGGCAAACAAUCAGACACCGGGCCCGCAGGAAGCAGCUGGGAAUACGUCGACACCCGGAGGGGGGGCAGCACCAGCAGCAGGAGCAGCAGCACUGCCUCCUCCUCCUCCUCAGCCUCCACAGGGAGGCCCGCAGGUUCCCAUGGGUUCACCACAGGUGCGGCCAUCUUCAUCAGGCCCUCAGUUUGCCACCACUGCCAAUGGGACGCCUCCUCAGCAACCUUUGCAGCAGUCUCCAGCCGUUGCGAUGGCAUCAGGUUCGCCAUUGCACAACUGUGUGGCUCGCUCUCCUCAGACUCCAACCCAGGCUCAGACCCAAGCUGUCUCUAGGUCUGGGAAUGGAUACAUGAUGAACCCAGGCCCAGGCCCAGGAGUCAAUCAAGUGGGCACGGGACCUGGAGCAGCGGGGGUGGCGCCCGGAGGUCAGCCUGUCGGGCCAGUAACGCCUGAGCUUUCCCACGCAGAGCAGCUGAAAGCGAUAGCUCAGCAGCGUAAUAAACUGAUGCUGCAACAGAAGCAGCAGCAACAGCAGCAGCAACAACAAGCAGCAAACUGGUCACCUGCAGGCGCUCCAACCAGCCCUUAUAACUCUGGUCACUUUAACCACGACAAACCCAACAGCCCCAUGAUGUACCCACCGCAAGCCUUUAACACACCACAGGGCCCUCUAGUGACUGGGAUGGCCCCCAACAAUGGGCCCAAAGCCCCCAUGAACAACUACCUCCCUCACAACCACAUGGGCAUGAUGGGCCAGCAGCAGCCAAGCAGCAUAAACCAGAACCCUCUGUCCAAACAGCAGCAACAGCAGCAGCAAACAGCAGCCAUGUUGUCCUACAACAACACCAAGCCGCUGACUCACUUCAGCGGCAGCGGGGUGGAUCACAUAGGUCAGAGGAUGACUCCACCCAUGGCAGGGAACAGUCAGGUCAAGAACCCCAUGAUCCCACCUUACAUGGGCGGUGCGGGAGGCGGUGGCCAGGGGCCGGGGCCGGGACAGACGCAAGGGCCAAUCCCGGGACAGACGGCUCACCUGAGUGAAGAGCAGAAGAGGAUGCUGCUGAUGAAGCAGAAAGUGUUGAACCAGAACAUGCCCUACAACGCCAUGCAGCCUCAUGGACAGGAGCAAGGUGUGGUGGGGAUGCCACGGCCACCUGGCGCCAUACCACCUCCUCACCCUGCUGGGGGCAUUGCUUCCGGGGUGGGGCCCAACCAGGGAUCGGGGCCGCCUCCAGUCUACCGGCAGGACAUGAUGAAGCAGAUUAUGGUGAUGGAGCAGGAGAAAAGGGCACAGAUGCACCUAAUAGAGCAGCAGAAGCAGCAACUGUUCAGAGAGCAGAGACAGCAGCAGCAGCAGCAGCAACUCCUGGCCGAACAGCUCCAGCAGCAGCAACAUCUCCCCAGACAAAUGGGCCAGGGCCAGAGGAAUCCAUAUCCCCAAGUCAAUCAGUACCAAGGUACCCCUCAGAGUCUUCAGAAUAUUCGGGCUGCCCGCCUCCUGCAACAGCAGCCACAAAAUCAGCAGCAGAUGGUCCAGAUGAGUUCUGUUCAGGGCCAGGGUGGUUCUGUAGGACCCCAAACCGACAUGGGCCUCCCCUAUAGUAACCAGGGAUCCAAUCAGGGUUCCCUGUAUGGGCUAAACCCCUCCAUGAGCCAAAUGAUCCACCAGCAGCAGCAGCACCAGAGCCAAAGCGUCCAAGCCUCCAUGGGUCUUCCGCCGCAGCACAACCCCACCGCGGGGCCACCCCGGCAGGCAGGUGCAGGUCCCGGAGUCGGAGUUAUGCCUGGAGGACCCGGGGGUGGUGGAGCUGGAGGUUAUGGAGGGCAAGGGAUGCUAAUGAACUCCAUGACCCAACAACCUCUUAAAGGACCUCCUAAUGCCAAAGCUCAAACACAGAGACUGCAAAGCAUGCUGGGAGGAGGCAGUGGAGGAAUGGCAGCAGGCGGUUGGCCGCAGCAGCAAGGACAGAGUCUGCAGGCCAUGGGGGGAGGCGUUGGAAGGACUACAGGAGGAGGGGGAGGAGACAUGGUGGGGUUCAGCUCUGCCCAGGGUUAUGGGAUGCAGCCGGGUCAACCCCCACGCAUGGCUAAGCAACACUUUCAGGGCCCGGGACAGGCGAUGAGCCAGGGGAUGGACCCCAGGUUGGGAAACCCAGCGGCAGGUAUGGCUGGCCCAAUGAUGGGGCCUCACAUAGGUGGUCAACCAAGGACCAACCAACCCCGCCCCAUGGUUAUGAACCAGGGCAUGAACCAGGGGGUGAUGGGCCAGGGAAUGACGGGGAUGGGCGGUUUCGGGCCAGGACCAGGGGGGCCAGGAUUAGGGGCGAGCGGUGGAGGAGGUGGAUCUUACGGACCAGGGGGUGUCGGGGUUGGAGGUCAGCCACAGGGCUACCAGAGGACAGCCAAUCAGGACAUGUCAUCCUAUGGAUACGGGGGCGGGCCCUCAGGCGGAGGAGCCUUCGGAUUGGGCGAUGGCUCGGGGGCAGAGCUGGACUCAAGCGACGGCUGGAUGGAAGAGUUUUUCUCGAGCCAAUAGCCAACGGGGAAAGUUUUUACUGGAUGAACUAAACAUUUAAAGUUGGACAAAUUUUAAAACCUGAGAAAGUAAAACAAAACGUGACGUGGACUGGCAUGUUUUUGUUUCGUAAAACGUGAGCAAGGUUAUAAAUGAGUUCCUGUGUUACAUUUUGUGUGUACGUAUGUGUGUGUGAUGGAGAGAGCUAUCAUUAUGUCUUGUGCAUAAUAAUGGAAAACCAAUAUAGAGAUUAAGAGGUGUGUUUCCUUAGUUUCCCUUUUAUUUUUUUCUCCGUGGAAUGAAUUUUUCUCCAGUGUUUGAAAGCGCGGCCCAUUUACACAGCACCGCUUUGAGCCCGAGCUUCGACAGGGGCUGAUUGAAAACUGCAGACUGAUGAAGGGGAAGGAAGACUUGUUCUCAAGACAGCAAUUUAUUUGUGUUUGUGUGUUUGUGCCACCCUGAUCAGUGCUUCAGAUCUCUCAACUAUGUGAGGAGCUGAAGGGAGUAGAAAGCACUCUCAACGCUCACAUUUCUUCUCUUAGAUUCGUAACCCCCCCCGUACAGACACACAAACACACACUCACAAAUCUGAUUCCCUCACGCUCCUUCACUUGAUUUCUCUCUCAUCCUCCAUUCCUCUUUCCUCCCGUCUUUCCCACCCUCUCUCCAGAGACUCGUUCCUCGCUCUCAACGCUCCUUUCUCUGUUUAAAUUGUGCACAUCACAACAGAACAAAUGAUGCUCCUCUAUUGUACCACACAAGCUCGCUCUGCCCUCUAGUGCUUUUGCUAGGCAACCAACCUGAGUGGCGUUUUUUUUUGUUGUUUUUUUUUUUUAUUAUUAUUUUUAAAGAGGGGGUUGUGGUUCAUUUCCUGUGUUGUGUCGCUGUGGUUGCACAUGUAGACGAAGACAAAGGCAGUAAAAAAGCAGAGAAAAGGAGGAGAGGAUAGGCAGCUAAAGCAAGCACACGUAUACAACAACAAACAGGCAAACAAGCGUCAGCCCGGGAGGACGUGCAGAUGUGUGAGAGGCAGCGAGCAGAACUAAUAUUAGGCUACACAUUAAACCUUCUGUCUGCGUGACACAAGCCACAUCACAUGCAUCAGGCUGACAAAAACGAUCGCUGGGCACCGAAUGUAUUCAAGCACCGCAAGUGACUUCUUCUUUUUAAAGAGACAAAAAAAAAAAAAAAAGCUCAUUGAAAGCCCUUUCGCAGUGUUUCGUUUGUUGUUGUGUUCUUUCUCUAACAAAGAUGCUGGUAGUUUGUGAAUUAA